CCGUCUGCGGUCCGUCAGUCAUUCAUGUCAUUCAUUAAUUUCAUUACCGUUCUCCCGAUGUGUGUUUUCGAAUUUCGGAGGUUUUUUUAAUUUAUUCGGCUCUGCCGCAAAAGAUUCACCAAAGUGAAAUCAAAUCCAAUCGUUUCCCGAUAGUCUAGUGUGUGGGCACGUUCCGUGCCGAGUUUCCGCCAAGUUUAACCUGCCGUACAGAGCGCUAAGGAUGUUCGAAGAUGCCGAUCACUUCGCCGAUAUCUUCCGCGGCGGACUACCCUACUAUCUGCUAAUCACAUUACCGAUUUUGAUCAUCUGUUCGUCCAACCCGGUCCUGGCCGCCAGCGAGUUUGGCGUUCAGCGUAUGGCCCAGUUCGAUGUCCACGGAACUCCCUACGGUUGCCGUGCGUCGACCCUGAAUCUGGAAGCAAAAUCGUUGUACACCUGGCAAACUUCCCGACACUGCGUUGUCACUCGCUUCCAGGAUAUGACCAUCGAUCAGUUCCGGGAAAUCCGUGCCAAAGCAGGCGGUUUGGUUAUUCUGUUGCCGGAGGAUUUCGCAUCACUCAGUUUGGAGGAGAAACAGCACAUCCACAUGCUUGAGCAAGCAAUGAUGCAGCAGGAGAUCUCUAUUCCGGUGUACUUCUCGCGGUACAAUCCGAAAAUGAACGAGAUCAUAAAGGACGUUACCAAAACCGCCAGUGCAAAUCAGAAAAAGUCUUCCCAAGAGCGCGAAUCGGCCAUCAGCGAAAUCCUGGGCUCGAUUUCGGCCAACGGCUAUCAGAUUGUCGUGUCCGGCACGAGCCACGCUGCCAACAAACAGUCCAAAAUUCCAAUCAUCCAGGGUGAACUCACUCCAACCAAGCAUGCGAUUAAAACCGGCGACGGCGAAAGCAAACUACCUCUGAUCAUCCUAACGGCCCACCUGGACUCGUUCGGUUUGAUAAACGGUCCCCUGAAGAAUGCUGAUUUGGCUGUGUUGCUCACACUGGUCGAGUUGUUUAGCAAGCUCCACGCCAGCAUUCCCAAAUACCGGCUGAUGUUCCUGGUGUCCGAAUCCGGCAGCCUUCUGAACUUCCAGGGCAUGAAGAAGUGGCUCGAUUCCAAUCUGGACGAGAACGUGCAAAUUCAACAAGCAGAAUUUGUCAUCUGUUUGGAUUCCAUCAGCAAAACCUUGGCCAACGAUAACCUAUUCAUGCACGUCUCGAAACCCCCGAAGGAGGGCACUCCGAUGAACGGGUUCUACAAAACACUGAAGGCCGUUGCCCAGCGGUACGGUAACAUCACCGUCGAAGGCGUCCACAAGAAGAUCAACCUUGCGGAUACGCUGCUUGCGUGGGAACAUGAACGGUUCAGCAUGAAGCGGAUGCCGGCGUUUACGGUUUCCAAUUUGAAGCCCCACAAAGAUUUUUUGCGCAACACGAUCUUCGAAGACGAAGACGAGGAGGAGCAGCUCUACAAGUUGGAAACCAACGUGAAAGUCCUGGCCGAAACCCUCGCCAGCUACAUCUACAAUUUGCCCCUGGACAACUCGGCCGGCAGCGGCGAAAUCUUCACCGGUUCCAUGGCCAUCACCAAAGACAGCAUCCGGCCGUGGUUGCAGGUGCGCUCGAGCCAGCAUAACAAUGAUCUCAAAAAUGCUUUCGAAAAGUACCUUAAGAACGUCAAGGUCAGCUACGACAAACCGGACGCCCGCGAGCCAGACUUCAUGCUGUACGACGAACGGGACGGUCUGCUCAACAUCUACAACGUCAAGCCGGCCGUGUUCGAUCUGUUCCUGACGUUCAUGAUUGUGGCGUACCUGGCCGUCAUCUAUUUGGCCAUUUUCCAUUUCCCCAAGCUGUACACGUUUGUCUGUCACUUGACCGUGAACAAGGUUAAAGUGAACUAGGUAACUCUAAGAAGCAUCAGCGAUUCAAUCAAUUCUCAUCUUAUUUAAUUCAAAAGUUGCCGAUCGCAGCAGUUAAAUUUGAGUUUUAAACUGAAAUGACCACUAGGGUGCGACUAAUUUUUAAAUUUCUCCUUUACUAAAAAAAAUAACCGAUAAAGUGAAUUUUUAGAAUGAGAAAUUUCAAAAUAUAAAUCGCAUUCCCAGUGACCUAGUGACUCAUAAGCGUUAGCAAUCACGAUGUACUCUUUGACAACGACAGCUGCUAUAUUGUUCAUCAUCCUUUAAGAAAGUAAGACUAUUUAGUUGUUCGCUGCGAAUUUCGCAGCUCGUUAUCCAACGUAAUUUAAAUAAAGAAAGCAUCAUUACUGCUAGUCUGAGCAUUUCGAAGUUCAUUUUUUGUUUGAGUUGAACCCAGUUCUGUUUCUGUUUUCCCGUUUUGGGCACUAGAAGGAUAAGAAAAGUAACGGUUGACGGACGGACGAUCAGCAAAGGGUAAUGGAAAUAUAUUGGUUUUACCACCUAGUAGGAAAUUAGAGAAAGGCUUAUUUGACCUCCUGUUAACUCGGUAUAGAAUGGAACAAACUACAAGUAGGUAUCAAACAGUAAAUGGUUUUGCGAGUGAAACUGAA